GUUGCCUGGAGAGGGCCGACCUGUCGUCCAGUAACAUAGAAGGGGCGACUCUGUUCGGGUGCAAAAUGGUUUGCGCUAAUCUCGAAAACUGCAAUCUUAGGGGCACAAAUAUGGAGGAACCGCACGGGAAUAGGACUAAUAUGGAAGGCGUGAAUCUGAAGGGCGCUAACUUAGAAGGCAGUCAAAUGGCUGGAGUGAACCUAAGGGUGGCGACUCUGAAGAACGCGAAUUUGCAAAACUGUGAUCUUAGAGGGGCUGUACUGGCCGGCGCUGAUUUAGUCGGUGACUGCGACAUGUAUUGA